AUGUUGUGGCAAGACUCAAAUGGAGGAUCGAUCUCUGUUUCAGGCUUCUAUAUCGGUGACUUUUUGGUUCUUUCAACCUAUGUAUCCCCUUCAUGUGAUUUUAAAGCAGCAAUUGACCAACUAAGAACAUGCCUUAGCGGAAAUAAUUACGAAAGAAUUGUAGUAGCGGGAGACUUUAACGUAAACUGGAAUGUUGAUUCUGAAAAAAAAAGAAUACUAGAAAACUUCCUCCAAGAAUACGGUCUAAAAUCUGAUUUAUUUGCCUCAGUUUCCUCGACCAAUAACAGCGGUACAUUAAUAGACUAUAUAUUCCAUAACUUUGAUAUUGUAAACGGUGGAAAGUAUAUAUCACACACCUCUUAUCAUGAUCCGUUGUUUAUAAAGUUCAAUUUGCAAUAA